AUGGCGGCGCCCAGCGCGGCGCUGAGGCAGCGGCGGGCGGCGGCGGCGGGCGACAGCGGCGCCCCCGAGACUCCGGGGCGGGCGGCGGGCCCGGAGUCGGCGGGCGGCGGGGUCGGGCCGGCGCUGUCGCCGGGUACCUUCUGGCUCACCCGCAUCGUGCUGCUGCGCGCCGUCGCGCUGCUGUACCUUGUGGCCUUCCUGGUGGCGUACCAUCAAAACAAGCAGCUGAUAGGAGAGAAAGGCCUGCUCCCAUGUAAGCUAUACCUGCAGAAUGUCAAAAAGUAUUUCAAAGGGAAGAUAAACCUAGAUGCCCUCAGCUAUGCCCCGACAAUCAUCUGGUUUCUGGACUGGUCAGAUAUGGACAGCAUCUUGGACUGCAUCUCCAUGCUUGGUCUGGUGAUUUCAGCCUUUAUAUUGAUAACUGGAUGUGCAAACAUGGUCCUCAUGGCUGUCCUGUGGAUCCUCUACCUCUCAUUGGUCAAUGUUGGACAGAUCUGGUAUUCCUUUGGAUGGGAGUCACAGCUUCUGGAGACUGGGUUCCUGGGGAUGUUCCUCUGCCCACUCUGGACCCUGUCCCGGCUGCCCCGUUCCACACCUCCAUCCAGCAUCGUCAUCUGGGGCUUCCGCUGGCUGAUCUUCAGGAUCAUGCUGGGAGCGGGAUUGAUUAAAAUUCGAGGGGAUCACUGCUGGAGAGACUUAACUUGCAUGAAUUAUCACUAUGAGACCCAGCCAGUGCCCAACCCCAUCGCCUACUUCAUGCACCGCUCACCAGGCUGGUUUCAUCAGUUUGAGACCCUCUUCAACCACUUCAUCGAGCUGGUGGUGCCCUUUUUCAUCUUCAUGGGACGAAGGAUGUGCGUGGUGCACGGCGUUCUGCAGAUCCUUUUCCAGGUGCUGCUGAUCAUCAGUGGGAACCUGAGCUUCCUCAACUGGCUGACCAUCGUGCCCAGCAUCGCCUGCUUUGAUGACCGCAGCCUGGCCUUCCUGUUCAGCUCUGGGCGUGGGGGGGUGAAGGAGUGUGUGCUGCAGCUGCAGGGCAGCAGUGAGAAACCCCCCGUCGGGCUAGGAUGCCACAUCCGCAGGGUGGUGAACAUCUCCUUUGGGCUCCUGAUCGCCUACCUCAGCGUGCCUGUCGUCAUCAACCUGCUCAGCUCCAGACAGGUUAUGAAUACGUCCUUCAACCCCCUCAGGAUAGUCAACACCUACGGAGCUUUUGGAAGCAUCACCAAGGAGAGAACCGAAGUCAUCCUCCAGGGAACAUCCAGCCCAGACCCCAAUGACCCCGCUGCUGUCUGGCAGGAGUUUGAUUUCAAGUGCAAGCCUGGGGACCUGUGGAGACGGCCGUGCUUCAUCUCACCCUACCAUUACCGCCUGGACUGGCUGAUGUGGUUUGCGGCCUUCCAGACAUAUGAGCAGAACGAGUGGAUCAUCCACCUGGCUGGGAAGCUGCUGGCUCAGGAGGAGGAGGCCCUGUCUCUGAUAGCAACAAACCCAUUUGCGGACAGGGAUCCCCCACGGUGGAUCCGAGGGGAACAUUUCAAGUACAAAUUCAGCCAGCCUGGAGGAACGCAUGCUGCACAGGGCAAAUGGUGGAUUCGGAAGAGGAUCGGCCCCUACUUCCCCCCUGUCAACCUCCAGGGGCUGAGGAAGUUUUAUGAAGACAGAAAUUGGCCGUACCCAGAGCGGGACUGAUGGAGGGAAGUGAGACAGGUCCAGAGUGACCAGCUGGGAGAGCCGUCAGCUCCCUUAUAAAUCACACUUCUUCCCUA